AUGCAGGCCGACCUUCUGAAAGCUCAAGAGAACAUUUCUCAAAGUCAACAAGCCUUGACUCUGGCCAACGCUGACAAGGAGAAGGUUGAGACUAAGCUGACAGAUUACCAGGCAGGGGAAGUGGGUCGUCUGAGAGCCUACAGGCGAGCCUACGUUACCUCUGUUAGGAUCGUUCCUGAAGUCUUAAUCAAUGCUUCGGAGGUUCAGCCCCUUCCUCUGAGCGAUAUGGAAAUAAUGAGGCAUGGUCGAGUUAUCCUACAGAGGAGAGCACUCCCCCACUCAUCUUCGACUUCAAUCGGUGGGGCAGCCCCGGCCAAUCCUCCACCCCGACCUGCUCGACGAGGGUCUUCUGGUGUCCGACCUGCUCCCUUAGCUCGCCCCACUCGCCCACGUACUGCACGUCCACCUCGGUCGGCCUCCCCUGCUCGCCUCCGGGCUGCACAUCCACCUCGGCCGGCUACCCCUGUUCGCCCCCGAGCCCCACGUACAGCUCGGCCUACUACCCCCACACCCCUCCAAUCAGUUAGUCCUGCCAGAGCCACUUAUAUCCCUGGUCUGGGCCUUGGUGAAAGACGUCUGGGCCUUGGUGGAAGAUCAGGCAACGUUUCCUUCGCCAGCCCUAUUUUCAGAGAAGCUUCUCAAGCAGCUCGCCAGGCCCACUCCACAAAUGACCGUCUGAACCAUGAUGCCCCUUCUCCCUCUAGACGCAGGGCUCGAUCACCUUCCGAUGACUUUGACUCGGAUGGCCAGCCGCUGGCUCAGAGACGUCAAUGCCGAGCCCCUCGUCCUAUGUCUGACUCAGGCCCGUCUUCUAUCCCUUCUCCUCCUCCAGCCGCAGUUGCCUCUCCUCCACCUCCCAUUGUGACUCCGCCUCCAAUCCUGAACCCGGUAAAUGAUCCCCCUACUCCAUCUGGUAUUCAGGUCGAGCCUCCGUUGGCUCAACCUUACGCAUCGCAGCAACCUUAG